UCCCUGCCCUGCCCCGCCCCCUCUCCCGCCGCCUAGGCGAUCGGACCCUCAGCUCCCGCCCUUGCUCCCUUAAGGAAGUAAAAGUCCUUUCGGGCCCCGGCGGUCAGGACCCGGCCCCCGGCCCCUCCUCCCCGGGCAGCCUGCCUCCUCCCCGCCCCUCGUCCCCUUAAAAUACCCGGGAUCCCUAUGGCAACAGGCGCCGGCGACAGGUGCGGGUGUUAUUUACGGGUCGCGCCCGAAAUAGCCGGCGAGGGUGAAGGGGGGUGGGCGGAUGGGGGCGAGGCUGGGAGUGAGCGGAGCGGCCGGGCCGGCGGGCCGAGCGGGCAGCUGCGCGCAGAAGCGGCGGUUCGGAGGCAUCGCGGAGCUGGGGUCGGCGCGGCGCCGAGGCAGGAGAGCGAGAGGGGUCCCUGUCCAGGAGACGGGGGUGGGAGGCCUGAGGGAGACGCCUGGCCUGGAGCUGAGCCUGGAGCCGUCCCGGUCCGGCAGGCCCUGGGAGCCCGGGGGAGGGGGAGCCGAGUGAUUCAAAGGACACAGAGUCCCUCCCGGGUCCCACUUGCCCUCUGAGCCGCGGGGGGCUUUGUCCCCAUUUCCUGAGCCGCAGUGCGGACCACAGCCCCUUCAUCUGAGCCCCAGUGGGGACCUCAGGUCCCCUUCCUGAGCCCUGGGGGAGUCCCUCAGCCCCAGUGUAGACCUUCUCUGAUCUCUGAAUGACCAGGGGGACCCCCAGCCCCUUUUCCUGAAUUACAGCAGAUCCUCCGCUGUGAAAGUUGCAGGUCCUACUGCCCCUCUGGGACCCGGUAGUAAUUCUGCCCUCCUCUUCUGAACCCCACCCCACCCGGCACCCCAGUCUUUCCUCUUCUGAAUCGCAGAGGGGACCCAGCUCCUCCUUCCCCAGACUCUGAGCCCAAAGAAGCCAGGAAGCAUCUCCUCUCAAACACAUAAGGGACCUCAGCUCUCCUUCCCGAGUACCCCAAACGCUGAGCCCUCGUGGGGAGCUCAGGUCCUUUCCAUCCGGGAACAAGAGUUUCCCUUUGGUGAUUCCUUCGGGUGGGGACCCCGGAGCGCCCCGCAGAGCUUCAGCUGAAACCCGGUUCUCCUUCCCCUGGAGCCCUCAGGCUCCCCUCCCGGGUACCCCGUUUCGAGCGCUGCCGCUGGGGGAACCUUGCUUUUUCUCUGGUCCCAUAUUUGCUGCGCUGCAGUGGGUACCCCGGGCCCUCCUCUGGACCUUAGAGGGUUCUCAGCAGAGGAUCUAGUUUUUUUUUUUUUUUUUUUCUCUGCGAAGCCCCACAGGGGACCACCUCGACGUCUCCUUUCGAGGUUCCAGGGAGGUUUCAGAUUUUUCCUAUUCGUAGAUCAGCGGAAGCCGGGCCCCUCACCCGCUUCUAGACGCCAGGCGCUUCCCUCCCCGCCCCCACCCCUCCAGAGCCUGCCUCGGGCUCCGGGCCUCCUUCGCACCUGAGCCUCGUUGCCGGCGGCAAAGAUGAUGAUGUGGUCCAACUUCUUCCUGCAAGAGGAGGACCGGCGGCGAGGGGCCGAGAGCCGGCGGCGGGCUCACAAGUCCGGCAGGAUGACCCCGGAGCGGGAGGGCAAGAUCAAGCUGGCGCUGCUGCUGACCUCCGUGGGCGCCACGCUGGCCGUGCUGGCCGUGGGCACCGAGUUCUGGGUGGAACUCAACACCUACAGGGACAACAGCAGUGCCGUCUGCGAUGCAGCUCACCUGGGGCUCUGGAAGAUGUGCACCAAGCGACUGUGGCAGGCGGACAUGCCGGCGGGCAGAGACACCUGCGGUCCCGCGGAGCUGCCUGGAGAAGCAAACUGCACUUACUUUAAAUUCUUCACCACAGGAGAGAAUGCACACAUCUUCCAGAGAACCACAAAGAAAGAGGUGAAUGUGGCAGCUGCGGUGAUAGCAGUGCUAGGCCUGAUAGUCAUGGCCCUGGGGUGCCUCUGUAUCAUCAUGGUGCUCAGCAAAGGUGCAGAGUUCCUGCUCCGGGUGGGAGCAGUCUGCUUUGGCCUCUCAGGCCUGCUGCUUCUGGUCAGCCUGGAGGUGUUCCGGCAUUCUGUGCACGCCUUGCUACAGAGGGUCAGCCCCGAGCCGCCCCCGGCCCCAGCCCUGACCUAUGAAUACUCGUGGUCUCUGGGCUGUGGCGUGGGGGCCGGCCUGGUCCUGAUCCUGGGGGGCGGCUGCUUUCUCCUGCUCACUCUGCCUCCCUGGCCCUGGGGCUCACUCUGUCCCAAGUCGGGGCCCAGGGCCACCUAGAACCACGGCUGUGCUUUCUCUAAGCAACUUCCAAGCCCUUCUCCCUUCUCCUUUGUCCCCCUCAAAAUCUCUUGUCCCUUGUCCUGGAGAGACUGUAUUCUCCCUGCUCUGGGGCCCAGGCUGUUUGCAAACACCUGGCCUUCACGCCCUCAUCUUUUUCCUCUGUACAUAUAUUUUUCUUGGGGCUGAAUUUGGGUUGCUGGGUGGG